CUCACUCCCGACACCAACCCCAUUUUAAAAAUCUCAACAUGAAAUGUCUAAUUCCAAAGUCCCAAAUUUUCCAUCUGCAACAAUCAAACCUGAUGGAAAUGGAGAAUGGUCUCAAGAUGUUCACCCAAACCAACAAGCCAUGUUUCUCAACCAAACUUAUCUGCACAUAUCUCUCAGCCUUGUUCCUACUUCUCAUUCUCUUCCACAUCCAAACCUCCCCUUUCACUUCUCUCUCCUCCCCUACUUCCACUCCAUGGUCAUUUUUCCACCCAUGGAAGAGCAGCAACCACAAAGUUGUCGAGACCCUAACCGACAGGCUGAGGGACUCUGUCACUUUCCUCCCCCUCAAAGACCUCGGAUUCGCCGAAACUGCCAUGACUGGCAACACCUGGUUCAUGAGCUCCUUAAAUGACAGCCAUGAUGAAGAUGGAUCAGAAUACCUCUACUUCCCUUCCCCAGCCUCAAAGGGCAAGAUUCUAUGCAUCAAGGGACGCAACGCCAGAGAUGGUACAAAAAACUCCUAUGCCUUGGCUUGGCCAGAAAGUAUUCCAAACUCUGCCACUCUAAUCCCGGGCCUAACCUAUGUCUCUGACACUUACUAUAACUAUGACAAUCUCUGGCACGGGUUGUGUGCAGUGGCACCGUUUGUCAGCUGGUCAGUGAAGAACCAGUGCUUGAAGCCGACAAGGUGGGUACUGUUUCAUUGGGGGGAGCUGAGGACAAAAAUGGGAUCAUGGGUUGAGAACUUGUUGAAAGCCAACUAUGGAAGUGUAGUGGUGGUUGAUAGAUUCGAAGGUGGUGAUGGGCCGUACUGCUUCGAGAAGGCAGUCGUGAUGAGGCAUGAUUGGGGAAGGAUGGGGGAGGAGAGGAAGAUGGAGGUUUUUCAGUUGUUGAGAUGUAAGGCUAGGGAGGUUUGUGGGUUGAAAAUGAUGAGUAGAGGGAAUGAACAAAAAGGGGUUCCACUUAUAAGGCUGACUUUGCUGAUGAGAAGAGGGUCUAGGGCAUUCAAGAAUGGAACAGCAGUUGCAGAUGUGUUUGCCAAGGAGUGUGCUAGUGUUAAGGGUUGCAUUCUGAGUGUGGUUCAGUCUGAAGACCUGAGCUUCUGUGAUCAGGUGAGAGUGAUGACCAACACCAACAUUGUUGCAUCUCCGCAUGGAGCACAGUUAACAAACAUGCUCUUCAUGGACCGGGGCAGUAGCAUAAUGGAGUUCUUUCCCAAAGGAUGGUUAGAACAUGCAGGCAUAGGCCAGUAUGUUUUCCACUGGAUGGCGAACCAGUUGAUGAUGAAGCACCAGGGUGCAUGGUGGGACUCAAUUGGCAACGAAUGCCCGCUCCCUGAACAAGAACUAGAAUGCUUUCUUUUCCACAAAGACGGCCAGGUUGGUCACAAUGAAACCUACUUUGCAGAGUGGGCCAGAAAGGUCCUCAACCAAGUGAGAAUAAGCAAGCUGGAGGAAGCUUCCAAGAAGCCACAGCCGAUCUCAAGUGCCUGUCAAUGCUAGUUGGCUGUUCAUUUGCCAAUUCAUGAGAUAGAAUUUCACAGACAAGCAGUAGUGAAAUAUGAAUGGAACAACAAAUGCAAUUAUAGAAUUUCACAUUUUUAAAAGCCUCAAAGCAGUCUAUGACAAGUCAUGGGACAAUGUAGGAGGAUAUCAGCACUCCAGAUACGAACUUUCACAGAAUAAUUCCUGGAAAAUUUCUGGGCAACAUAAAGUGGGCCUAUUGACAAUCUCUGAGGUGUGUGGUAGUGCUAGCCUAGCAUUGUUUCAUAAGCCAGACAUGAAAAGAAGAAUACAAUACAUGAAUGGAUUGAUCA